UCAGCGACGCCUUGCUCCAGACGCUCGUGUCCGCGCAACCGUGAACGAGCCCGAGAGGAAGAAAAACUCUUGCACGCUUGCAAACGGGGUCACGAACUAUGACCUUUCACUGGAGUAAAACAAUAACAAAUAAUGUGCAAUAAACCUGAAAGCAAAAAACCUACGUCCGUCCCUAUCACAGGUGGAGGUGUUGUUGGCAGACGCAGAGCUGGCCUUUGUCCAAUCAGAUACUUCUAAUGACUUCAUAUCACCAUGACGACCAAUGUGGAGGUGCUGGCUCAGCAGAUAUUGACCACUGAGCAGGUUUCAGAGGUGCAGUCAUCUGCGUCAGACAGCUCAGUGAUGAGCACCUCUCCCCAGCGCAUUCAGAUCAUCUCCACUGACCCCUCUGUCACAACCCCACAGAGAAUACAGAUAGUCACUGAGCAGCAGACAGGUCAAAAAAUCCAGAUAGUGACGGCACUGGACUCCACUGUGCCCAAACAGCAAUUUAUCCUUGCAGCACCUGAUGGCUCUUCAGCAGGCAAAGUCCUCCUGGCAUCACCUGAGGGUGCCAGCGCCAAACAGCUUAUUUUUGCUACUGCUGACAGCCUGGUUCCUGGCCGAAUUCAGUUCGUAACAGAUGCGGUGUCAGUGGAGAGGCUUCUGGGUAAAGGGGCAGACAUGAGCCGAGCCCAGCCUAUAGAAUACUGCGUGGUGUGUGGAGAUAAAGCCUCAGGGAGGCAUUAUGGGGCAGUCAGCUGCGAAGGGUGUAAGGGGUUUUUCAAGCGAAGUGUGCGCAAGAGUCUGACGUACAGCUGCCGCAGUAACCAGGACUGUGUGGUCAACAAACACCAUCGCAACCGCUGCCAGUUCUGUCGUCUCAGGAAGUGCUUGGAGAUGGGCAUGAAGAUGGAGUCUGUGCAGAGUGAGAGAAAACCCAUUGAUCUUCCUAGAGAAAAGCCUGCCAACUGUGCAGCAUCCACAGAGAAAAUCUACAUCAGGAAAGACCUGCGAAGUCCCCUCAUCGCAACACCGACCUUCAUCUCUGAGAAAGACGCCACACGGUCCAGGCUUUUGGACUCUGGGAUGCUUGUCAAUAUCCAACAACCUUUAAUACAAGCUGAUGGCACAUUACUAUUGGCAACAGACAAAACGGAGUCAGGACAAGGUGAUCUGGGGACGUUGGCUAAUGUGGUUACGUCGUUAGCCAACCUGAACGACGCGGUUAGUAACGGAGAAAUGACAGACAGUCAGCUGGAAGAAUCACCCAGUGAAAUCACACGUGCCUUUGACACGCUCGCUAAAGCUCUGAACCCCAGUGAGGUGGCGGAGGGCCAGAGCUUGUCGGAGAUGGAUGGGGUGGGUGGAGCUACUAUACAGGUGAUCAGCAGGGAUCAAAUCUCACCACUCAUAGAAGUCGAGGGACCUCUGCUUACAGACACACACAUCAGCUUUAAGUUGACGAUGCCAAGCCCAAUGCCCGAGUAUCUGAAUGUGCAUUAUAUCUGUGAGUCUGCAUCACGCCUGCUCUUCCUCUCCAUGCACUGGGCGCGUUCUAUUCCAGCGUUCCUUGCUCUCGGGCAGGAAUGUAACACAGCCCUGGUGCGAGCAUGCUGGAAUGAGUUGUUUAUUUUGGGUCUGGCACAGUGCGCUCAGAUCAUGAGUCUGUCCACCAUCCUUGCUGCCAUCGUCAAUCAUCUGCAGUCCAGUGUCCAGGACGUAGACAAGCUAUCGAGUGAACGCAUUAAACUAGUCAUGGAGCACAUAUGGAAGCUACAGGAGUUCUGCAACAGCAUGGCAAAGCUGCAGACAGAUGGAUAUGAAUAUGCCUACUUAAAAGCCAUUGUCCUCUUCAGUCCAGAUCAUCCAGGUUUGAGUAGCUGUAGCCAAAUUGAAAAGUUCCAGGAAAAAGCGCAGAUGGAACUCCAGGACUACGUGCAAAAAACCUAUCCCGAUGAUACCUACAGGUUGGCCCGAAUCCUGUUGCGUUUACCAGCGUUGCGGUUGAUGAGUUCCAAUAUAACUGAGGAGCUGUUUUUUACCGGCCUUAUUGGAAACGUACCAAUCGACAGUAUCAUCCCAUAUAUCCUUAAAAUGGAGACUGCAGACUACAACAGCCAAAUCACAGCCCCCUCUGUGUGAUUGCACUCUGACUGUCAUUUCAUUUUGACCUUGAGACUGAAGUCAUGCAAGUCCCAUCAUCCCUUGCCCUCACGGUGAAUCAAAUAUAUCACAUUAUAUUGAACCGACCAACAAGCUCUACCUCAAGAGGAGCUGCAACAGUGUAAGCCUUUCAGUAUGUGACCAUUACCCUAGAAAUAUUGUGUUGUCGUUUACAGAGAGAUGCAUUAUGGGACUUUCAGUUCCAAUGACAGAGCAUUUGCCUCAAAUUAAACAAAGGCCUUUCUUUUCUAAACCUUAAUUUAAAAACACUUGAGCACUUCAUGAUGAUUCCAAUGGAAACAAUCCAUUUUUAAACCCCCACUUUCUCCCCCCUUUUUUUUAAUUACUUAUGAGGACAGUGUCUACAGCAAUGAUCCUUUCCAAUGGAUGUGAUCUUGGGUUGAAUGUAACAGUCGAUAUCAAGACAGUGAGCUUCUGAAUCUCUAGAUUCCUGAAUCUCUACUCAUCAAUUGUUCUCACUGAUAAAGCAGUUAUUGAUUCGAAUGGAGAUUUUCGGUCAUGUACUUUGUACCGUCACCUCUGCCGUCAUGACAAUCAGCCUCCUUCUCCUCAAUAUCAUGUUUUACCUUCAUACUCAUGUAUUUAUUUCAUUGAGUCUAACUCUAUAGUUCACACAAAUGUAGAUAAUCUGAUUUGCUUGGUUUUUAAAAAAUCAUCCGUUGUUAAAUGAUAUAUAGGAAGUAUUUGAUCUGUAUCUUUAUAGCGUUUGACUGCUGCUGCAAUGUACAAAUGGUGUCAUUUUCAGAUUUAAUAUAUCCACAAUCAUGAUGGUUUAAUGCACUUAGAUUACUAAUUCGCUUUUUUAUUUGCAGAUUUGUGCACAGAUCAUCCUAGUUUCUAAUUUUGUUGUCAUUUAAAAAAAAAAAACCUACAAGAUGUCUCAUUUUGUCCUAAUUGUAAGAAAAGUAUUGAUAUGCACUUAUUUAUGUCCCCAAACACUUUGCUUUUAUUUGUCCCAACAAACUAUACUAUGAUAAACUACACACACCCACUGCAGCACAGUAAAACGUGCCAAGUCAUACAUGUGAGAUGAGCAGAAGCAUUUGCAUGCUCUCUAAUUAAAUUUCAACAGGAUUUGUGUUUGGAAUCACUACCAAUUGUGCAGUUUGCCUAAGAUUUGUUCAAAACGUGCCUCAUAUUUGAAAACCUACAAACUAACUCACAAAACUGGUGAUUUUGAAGUUUAUACAGCAAGAGCAUCUUUAAACGUGUUUAAGUCUAAGUGAAUUUCACCAGUUUCUUGUGAAUCAAGUAAAAACAAAACAAAAAAAGUUUCAGUGACUUUUACCAUUGUUACACACAAUACUGUAAAUUGAUGGCUGUUGAAUAAUGUCUGUUGGCAAAUAUGUAGACUAUUUUCGAGAGAAUAUUCACUUCUUCAUGCAAAUGAGCAUACAAGCAUUGACAUCAGCCUUAAUUAUCAACAAUGUCAAAAUUCUUUAUAGAUUUGCUUAAAUCCUGCUUUGUAGUUCAGACCUCUGUUAUAAACGAGGUUUCUGUUUCCCAUAAAUGUUCUAUAGUAUCAGGUUUAUUACUUCAGAAAUCACCUCUACUUGGUCUCCGUGAUUUUGUCCAAAAACCCUAAUUGUCGUGUCAAAAGCACGACCCCCCACAGACCGUUUUAAAUGGUUUUAACACCGAUAGGCAGUUAUUUAUAUAUAUAUUUUAAAAAAAAUGUACGCAUUUUAAAAUGCCUAAUGUUUUUGAUUUUGGUCUGUCAAUGACUGGUUUAUAGGUGUUGUAAUGCCAUGUUGCAAUUCUAGUCAUCUCUGUUUUCAUCUGUCUGUGAGACUAUAAGAAAGCUGUGCAUGAACUAGCUUAUGAAUUUUAUUAAAUUCUAUACUAAUGUGGA